UACAAAAUACAAGUGAAUGAACGGAACGCCAUAAAGCGCUCUUGUACGAAGUAUUUUAUUUUAUUUUUAAUAUUUAUGGUUAUGGUGGGAACAAUAACGGAGCUGUACGUGCCGCUCAUACGAACUGUUGUUCAGGCCGGAAGAAGCUGGAUUCUAUUUUGUGGACUUUUUUUUUUUUACUUAAUAGCUGGAGCUAUGAAGUUUUUCUGGAGGUUUUCCUGGAUUCUGGAGCUGCAGAACCGGACCGUAAGCCGGACCGGACAUUUGGACCGGAGUUGGAGCGGUUUUGUUGCCGGCCCGUUACUCCGCGGUGGGAUUGGCUGAAUGAAAGCUUUGAACGAUGCAGAACGUCUCUUCACAGCAGCACUUUAUCCUGAACGGUUUUGCAGAACUGGGCGACCUGAGGCCGGUCCUCUUCGUCCCGUUCCUCCUCAUGUUCAUCGUGGCUCUGCUGGCCAACUCCCUGCUGGUUUAUGUUGUUGUUUCUCAGAGGAGCCUUCAUCAGCCAAUGAGCAUCCUCAUCGCCGGCAAGGCUUGUGUUGAACUCUGUCUGCCGGUGUUCUUUGUUCCCAACAUGUUGCUCAGCUUCCUGUUUGACUGGAAGGGAAUCUCUCUGAUUGGCUGCCUGGUUCAGAUGCACUUCAUUCACUUCUUUGGAACAUUUCAAACCACCUUCCUGGUGUGGAUGGCUCUGGAUCGAUACUUUGCCAUUUGUUCGCCACUCCACUACCAUGAACUGAUGGCGCUGCAGAGAUUCCUGAAGUUUAUCGUCCCGAUGGUUGUCAGAAACAUGCUCCUCAUCUCUCUGUUUGUGAGUUUGGCAGGAAGGCUGUCGUUCUGCAGGAAUGUGAUGAACCACUGUUUCUGUGAGCACAUGGCCUUGGUGGAGCUGGCCUGUGGAUCCACCGCCAUCAACAACCUGGCUGGACUGAUGGCUAUUUUCUUCAUUCCUGUUUUUGACUUCUUUGUCAUCGCUGCUUCUUACAUUGCAAUAUUCAGCUCUGUGUUGAGAUCCAGCAGCUCCGGUGUGAAAGCACUGCACACCUGCAUCACUCACAUCAUGGUCCUCACCUUCAGUCUGACCUUGGCUCUCAUUGCUUUCCUGUCAUAUCGAGUUAAAAGCGGACUUCCUGAAGCCGUCCGGGUUUUUUUCAGUACCAUGUACCUGUUGUUCCCGGCGUGCUUCAACCCGAUCAUUUAUGGCGUCAGAACCACUGAGAUCAGGCAGCACAUUCUGAACACACUGACGCACUGGAAACACUUCGUCCAGGUCCUUCCCUACCAUUAGAAACCACUUCCACCUCCAGUUGUCCCAAAAUAAUAAACAUCCUCUGAGCUCACACUCCUGGAACUGCCUCAGAGCUAAAAUGAAAAAUAAAUCUCAUCCAUCGGAUCAGACUGGAUGUCUAACGAAACGAACCUAAACGAUACAACCUGGCCGGUAUUGAACCGAGACGUCACCUCAUUUCCACCAGCUGCUCCAAAGAAAAGUCACCAAGCAGUUGGAGACGACAUCAUCUUUGAUGCUGGUACCAAAGACUAAUCAGUCAGCUCUAUUAACACAUCCCAUCAUGUCUCCAACUGGAAACCACUGAAAAAUGUUUGACUCUACAACAGACACCUGGUGUCCAAACAUCAAGCAGCUUUCUCCCAAAGGGACCCAGAAACCAAAAUGUUUGCCCAAAGAUCUUAUUGUAGGUAAAAGGAAUCUACUGUUUUGGAGAGAAAGAAGGUUCUCUGCUUUGAGUAACACUGAGAAAAUAAUCCCACUAACCUCUGAUCAGCCGAACAUUGAGAAUCUAGUCAUACACACUGGAGCUAAAGGCCAAACAAAAAUCACAAGUUCUGAAAAAUCUCUGCCAGCUCAGUGACCUUCAUUGACUACCACAAUGUCAUUUGGGAGUGUCGUCAUCGUUUCAGACAGAAUAGAGUCGUUCUGAACCCCUUAUCCCUCCGACCUGGAAAAUACAACGGGUUUUAGUCAAACCCAUUUUUCCAUUAUAGGGUUAGGAUUAGGGGUUUUGAAAAUGAUUGAAAUGAUUUUUCACUGCUAAUCUUUUGAUCGCUGUUAUUGUCAGGCCUUAGACACAGAACAACAAUGAGAUCACUGUAAACUCUGCAGAAGGACAGAGGCAGCAUGCAGAGACUCACUGUUCCCAAACAAACUGAUUCAAACUUCAAGGUUUCAGACGGAAACUAAGCUGGUGUGGGCUCCACUCCAACCGAUCCUCCAGCAUCUCCUGCUGCCUGUCGGUUUGUCCUGGAGGCCGAUAGGCAGCCGGGACGGCUCAUCUGACGUUUCAUCACCCGGACUGUUGUUUCUUACCUUUAGAGAGAAAAUGGAUCAUCAGUUUUCUCCAGGUACUUUUCUCCUGAGCGCCCAAAAACAUGUUGGGUGAAACCUGAAAGUAUAGACAGGAAGUUAUCUCCCAGCCCGUGUGGAGGAGGAAGAGUCGAUAUGAUGGCAGGUUUCUGCUGAGUCGUCUGUAAAAAUGGACUAAUUUUACUAAGUGAGUCGAUGUUGAUUGUUCUUUGAAAGUUAACAGAGGAAUGAUCAGACGGCGACAUCAGUUACAGAGACACUGGAAACAUUCAGGCCCUCAGUGAUAUCAGAGUGUUGGCUGACAUGUUGAGUCAAACCAACAUUAUCGAGAACAUCUCAGAGUUUUUGCUCCUCUGCCUUCAGGAUUGUCAACAUGGAUGUUGAAAUCUUCCACAGUUAUGAAACAAUCAUAAUCAGUGCUUGUAGAAGCUCAUUAAAGUCGAUGGAGAAAUGUUCCACACAUUUUGGUUUUACGUGAAGUUGAUGUCAGAGCUUGUUUGUAUCUUUCACCUCGAUUAAAUGCCGACGUAUCGCAGCAGCGCCGUCUCCUCCGUUCUGUUUUCCAUUAGAAAAUGUCAUGAGGAGGCGCUGGUUUAAUUAGUACAGGUGAAUAUUUACUGUCAUCCAAACAUGUUUCUGUCAGGAACAGAACAUCAAUGUUCUGUUGAGUGAUGAAAUCAUUAGCUAAUAAUCAUUUUGCUGAUAUUGAUCUUCUGUUUAUCAGCAGCAGUUUAAGUGACUCGGUUCCCAAUAGUUCAUAAAUCUGAGCUGUGAUUUCAGACCACUGUGUUUAGUUUUUCUGUUUUUCGUUAGUUUUCUGUUCGUGGUCCGGUCAGGUGCUGUCCCGUGUCGUACUGCCGGGGGACCAGAUGCAUUCUGGGAGAAGACGGGCGUAGACGCCGGGGUCAGAGGUCACUGAGAGGAAUCAGAGCCAGGUUCAUUCCAUACAUGAUGGGAUUGAGAAGAGACUGAAGAAUCACAAAGUACAGCGACAUGAUGAUCCGCAGGCCGCUGGGUAUGGAGACCAUGUCGAAUCUGCUCUGAAGGCUUUCAAACAAACAGCCGAAG